CCGUGACAUCCACCGCCCUUCCCAUCAGCAGGCGUCUGCACAUCAGGUCCAUUCAGUGCUAACUGUUUCAUCACGGUUCGAAUGCGAUUUCGCAUCAGAAUGGGGGAUAGACGCCCAUCAUUUCACACAAAAUCCAUUAUAAGUGGCCGAAAGCCACCCACGCAGCCGGCAAUUGAUUGCGAAUGCCCCUCGUUUUAUCGUCGUCUGCCUUGAGUCCUUCACCCCUCGUGCUCAAGUAGUUCGACAGAGAACCCGCUAUAAUGAGCAAGCUGGUGAUGGAUGCUGCAGAAUUGGAGAACUGGUCAGCUUCACAACACGUAACCGUGGCCACUUUCUGUCUGCUCAUUUACGAUCAUGUUCUCACCUUUUCCGACGAAGUGAACCUUGUAUGGCAAACAAGAAGUGUCAACUUGGUGAAAUUGUUGUUCAUUUUUAACCGUUACGCCGUCCCGGUCGUCAUCGCGGUUGAUACUGCACUUGUCACUAAGAUUGUAUCUAUUGGCCCGUGGUGGUGGAUUUUUGAGAUCUUAAUGGAAAUGCUAUCGUUGUGGUCUACAACCCUCAUAAUAGCAUUACGUGUUCGUGCGCUCUGGGUCGACCGAAAAGACAUUAGGCGCAUUCUGAUUUGGUCGUGGUCUGUUCACGUUGUCACGUCCUUUGCUUUGACAAUAAAUGUACUCGCCCACUCUUCAUUCGAGUCAGAUUAUUUCAAUGUCUGCAUGGGGUCCAUAGAGUACUGGUGGACUCUGUGGGUGCCCGGGAUGUUAUUCCAUCUUGUGAUUUUUGGGUUGAUGGGAGCAAAGGCUUGGUUCACCCCAAGGGAUGAAAAAAGCCCGCUUCUGAUCAUUCUAUUGAUCGAUGGAUUUAUAUUUUUCUUUUUUGUAUUUUCUUUGAUGCUCAUCAACACGGUGAUAUGGGCUCUGGAAGUGCCCUCUCUUGUUCAACUACCCCACGAUUCCGUUUGGGCACUCUGCACGAUUGCCAUUACUCGUCUGCUCCUCUCGCUCCAGAAGCGCUAUCACGCGCACCAUGUCUCACUGUCUAACGAUGAUGAUGACGAGGUCGACAUCGAGAUCAGGGACGGUCUGCCCGCACCACUCUCUCCCAUUUUCUGGCUACGCACGCCAUCGCGUGUGGAUCCGCCAUUAGACGACCCGUUCUAUGCGUAUUACGCUGCUCCAUUCCCCGUCACACCAACAAGUGGUUUGGGGAGAACACCUACUAUCCAGCAGAAUUCAAACAAAUCAACAAAUAGAACAACUGCCACUAGUUCUAGAACUUCCAAGAGUGCCAAGAGCCUCCCUCCUGGAGAUGGGGACUCUUUGCCGGGGUGGAUACCACCUGUACCACCCAUUCCCGCACUGACUCCUUUUUCAAAUGUAUAACAUCCUGGACAAUUAUUCGAGUAUGCCGGCCGAUAGCUCGGACAUUCAAACCCAGUACUUUAUCAAUUAAUAUGAUUUGUUCACCUGUAUCCCCAGCCGUAUAGGGCCCACAUCGGCCAACGUAAUGCACACCAUACUCCAAUAAUUAAUAUCAU